UACGAAAAUGGAGACUCCGGCCCACCUCGAGAAAAUGGGCAGAGAGCUCAAGUGCCCCAUUUGUUUGAGUCUGCUGAAUUCUGCGGUUUCACUUAAUUGCAAUCAUGUCUUCUGCAACUCUUGUAUUGUGAAAUCAAUGAAAUCGGGUUCCAAUUGUCCCGUUUGUAAAAUUCCAUAUCAGCGCAGAGAGAUUCGUCCUGCUCCACACAUGGAUAAUUUGGUUGGUAUUUACAAAAGCAUGGAGGUUGCUUCAGGAAUUAAUAUAUUUGUCACUCAGAAUGCACCCUCAACUAAAUCAUCAGACGGAAAACUGCAAGCCCAAGAUGAUGAUCAUGAUGAGCAAGAUAUCCCUAAACAUUGUCAGGAUAGAGAUGAGAAACAGAAAUCCUUAAGAGGAAAACGAUCAAGGAAAACUAAAUCCAACCUGAAAAAUUCGGGUUCUCUUUCAGUUAAACCUUCAUUUCCAACCAAGAAAAGGGUUCAGGUUCCACAGUGUCCUCUUUCAGAAACUCCUACACGCCCUGAAAAGACAGUUGGUAAACUAAUGGAUGAAAGGUCUAAGCACAGUUCAACAACUUUAAAGGGGAAGCCAGUUCUAAAUGAAGUGGGAGAACCGAUGCUUUCACCUUUCUUUUGGUUGAAAGACAAGGAUGAAGAAAAUUUGAGUCAGCAUACUGAUGGUGAUCAACUCACUGAUAGUCCUCCAAAUGUUCCUACUUUCAGUGAUAUCAAAGACUCAGAAGAUGAAUACUCUGCUAGAUUGACCCCACCAGGCGAAGUGCAUGGAAAAGCUUCAAAUAUUGCAGAUUUAUUUGAUAGUGAGAUGUUUGAAUGGACACAAAGAGAAUGCUCCCCUGAACUCUUCCAAAGUCCUUCUAAGAUGCAGGUUCCAGACAACGAUGAUAUUGAUAGAGUUCAAGUGAAGGAACUGAAAGAAAUCUCACAAAACAAGAAAUUAGAUGAAGCACAUUCUGCUAAAAGUGCAAGGUCUAAAAAUUCUAGACAAAGUAGUGGAAAUAUGUAUUUUCUGCCAGAUAUUCCCCCUGCUGGAACGAAAGACGAUAGUCAAGUUGUUAGUAAUGAAUUGAACAAGCAAGGUAGGCAGACAAGGAAUAUAAGUAAAAGAAAAUGCACUACAAGUCAUACAGAUCCAGGUGCUGAUGUUAGUGUUAAUGUUAAUUCAAAAGGAUCUAAAGUAUUUUAUGAAGAACCAGUAUGUAAGAAUAAUUCUAGUUCUUUGGCCAAGACUUCCAAAAGGAGUAAGAAGGAACAUCCAUCUGUGGUUGUAAUGAAGCCAACAUCUGAAAAUGUUCAUGUCCUCUCAACAGAAGCUGAAACUCAAAAUAAUGGUGAUGACAGGGGGAUAACUGAAUCACCAACUUCAUUUAAGAAGGCUGGAAAAAUCUGUAACGAGGUAAAUGCCAAGAGCCAGAUGCACUGCCCAGUAAGGUCAAGAAAGCAAAAGAUGGUCUCUAUGCCAAACAAAAUGCUUGAGGAGGUAUCGGAAGUACAGAAGCAGGCAAAUAAGGAUACUACAACUGAGUCGUCUCUUAUAAAUCUCUCUACAGUUGAUAACAAGAAAGCCUCUGAGUUUGGGAACAAAUCCAGAAAACUUCCGAGGGAAGCCAAGUUAUGUGAUCGAGAAUUGAAGAAUAACAAAAAGGCGAAAGUUUCCUCUGAUGGCAACUCAAAGGAUGAUACUUUUGUUAGGGUUGGAGAGGGUCAUGGGAAUGUUAAUGAAAAUGGAAAUCAACCCACUGAAAAGAUCGAAGGCAAUUGUGAUGUCACAACUGAUCGAUCACCAGUGCAGAAGCUUCCUUCAUUGACAAACAAUUUGGUCUUGCAGAGAUGUGAGGCCAUUCCUAGUAAAAUCCAAUGUGCUUUCUGUCUUUCAUCAGAAGAAUCAGAGGCGUCUGGAGAGAUAGUCCACUAUUAUAAUGGUAAGCCUGUUGCUGUGGAUCACAAUGGAGGACUCAAGGUUAUUCAUGCACACAGGAUCUGCACUGAAUGGGCUCCCAAUGUCUAUUUUGAAGAUGAUACUGCUGUUAAUCUUGAAGCUGAGUUAACUAGGAGUCGUAGAAUUAAAUGUUCUUGCUGUGAAAUUAAAGGAGCAGCUCUUGGGUGUUAUGAGAGGAGUUGUCGUAAGAGCUUUCAUGUCACCUGUGCAAAGUUGAUGCCUCAGUGUCGAUGGGAUACUGAUAAUUUUGUUAUGUUAUGCCCCCUUCAUGCCUCUUCUAAAUUGCCAAAUGAAAGCUCUGAAUCUCAAGCAAGGAGGAGGAAGAGCAAUCCUAGAAGACAAACUAAUGCUGAACAUUAUAAAGCUGCUGUUAAACAAGACAACACCAUGCCUCCAGAUCAGAAAUUUUGUGGAUCAUCCAAGAAAUUAGUUCUCUGUUGUUCAUCUCUUUCAAAUGCAGAGAAGGAAUCUGUUUCUGGGUUUGAAAGAUUAUCUGGACUUGCAGUUUUAAAGAAUUGGGAUUCUAGUGUCACCCAUGUUAUUGCGUCGGUCGAUGAAAAUGGAGCAUGCAGAAGAACCCUCAAAGUUUUGAUGGGUAUCUUGGAGGGGAGGUGGAUCCUGAGUAUGGAAUGGAUUAAUGCUUGCAUAGAAGCCAUGAAACUAGUUAAUGAGGAGCCUUAUGAAAUUAACAUCGACAUUUAUGGAAUCAGGGAUGGUCCUCGACUUGGUAGACUAAGACUUCAGAACAAGCAACCAAAGCUUUUUGACGGAUUCAAGUUUUACUUUAUGGGAGACUUUGUACCUUCAUAUAAGGGUUAUCUACAAGACCUAGUAAUAGCUGCUGGAGGAACUAUUCUGCAUAGAAAGCCUGUUCCGGAGGGCCAGAAACCCUUUUCAGCCACUUCCCCAAAAUGUCAAACCUUCAUAAUUUACAGCUUUGAGCAACCCGAGCAGGGUCAUCCUAGCAAGGGUACAAUAUUGGACCGCAGGCAGUCUGAUGCAAAGGCUUUGGCCAGUUCUGCUGGAGCCAAGGCAGCAAGCAAUUCAUGGAUUUUGAACUCCAUUGCUGCCUGCAAGUUACAAAGUUUUUCUGAAUAG